UGAACUUGUAGAGGAAUUAGAAGAAUUCACAGAUGAGAAAAAUUGGAUCGAUGAGUUAGAAAAUGACAAAGAAGUUAAGAAAGCUUUCUAUAUAGAUGAGGCUACUGAUGACGAACUAUAUUACAAUCCAUGA